GUGAAUUUUUUGUUUUGUUUUGUUUUGUUUACAAUUUUUGUUUUUAUUUGUGUGAAAUUUUUUUUUUGUAUUCACGAUUCAUGAUCAUAGGAUAAAUCAUGGCCGAAACUUAUAGCCGAGCAUGUAAAAUGAAAACUUUACAUAAAAGUUUUGUUGCUCAAGAAUUUAAACAUAAUCCAAGAAAUGUGAAUUUUUUUGAUGAAAUGUGUGAAACGGAUAUAACGAAAGAAGAAAAAGAUAUUCUGAAACGUUAUAAAAAUCUGGCGAAACUUGUGCAAUCACAACGAAGAAAUCAUAAUCUACGUAAAGAACGUGAACAAGAAAUCGAAGACGAUAUCAAUACAUUACGAUAUAAAUGUACACAAUUGGUUGAAUUGAUUCGUUCAAGUAAUCAUAUUAUUGUCUAUACUGGUGCCGGAAUCAGUACAUCGGCAUCGAUACCAGAUUAUCGUGGUCCAAAUGGUGUUUGGACACGUAUCAAAAAUGGUGACAAUACGCCCAAUGUUAAUGAUUUAGCCUUUUCAGAGCCAACAUUUACACAUAUGGCCAUUGUUUCAUUGAUGAAACAAAACAUAAUCAAACAUGUUGUAUCACAAAACUGUGAUGGACUUCAUCUUCGUAGUGGUAUACCAUCCGAACAUUUAUCCGAAAUUCAUGGCAACAUGUAUAUAGAAGUUUGUCGUAAUUGUAAAAAAUCAUAUACACGUUCAUUUGAUGUGACAGAAAAAACUGCUUUACGACGACAUGAAACAGGUCGCCAUUGUCAUCAAUGUCCUGCGGAUGUUGGAAAAUUAAUCGACACUAUUGUACAUUUUGGUGAAAAAGGUAAACUUAAACAUCCAUUACGAUGGGAAGCGGCCACAAAUGAAGCACAAAAAGCUGAUCUAAUUAUCUGUAUGGGUAGUAGUCUGAAAAUAUUACGUAAAUAUGCUUGUUUAUGGCCAAAAAAUAAGCAAAAAAAUAAAAAGAACAAAUUAGCGAUAAUCAAUCUACAAUGGACACCGAAAGAUUCACAAGCAGUGGUUAAAAUAAAUGGAAAAUGUGACAUAGUCAUGAAAGAAUUAAUGGCCAUGUUAAACAUAUCAUUAUCAUCAUAUGAAAGACAAAAUGAUCAAGUAUUACGUGAUCACAAGCCAUUAUUACCAGAAGAAGAACAUACAUGUAAUCGGAUACGUUUGGAACAAUUGUUUCAAACGAAUAAUGAAAUGAUUAAUAUUGAAAAAUUGAAUACAAUGCAACCAGCUUGGUUUGGAAAAGGUGUACACAGAAAAAAGUGAAAAAUUUUAUUAAUUAAUUAUAAAUAAAAAAAAAGAAUUCUCCAAUAAUUCAA